AAAAACGCUUCCAUCAAAUUAUUUUUGGCGUGGAAAUCGGAAGCUUGGCACUUUCUUCAAAGCCCCCGUAUUGUCAGUGCGUGUGUGGCUGCGUGUGCGCCCCUGCCGACGGGAUUUUUGCUCCCCCUGACUCUGCCGGGGGGCGUUGCGAGCCUCGGUAUAUUAACAAGUGUAGGGGAGGGCUACAGGGCCAGUACUGCCGGCGUCGAGGGAGGGGGGCAAGACCAGUUUUGUGCGCCUAGGACCGUCCUCACAUUUUCAGCAUCCAUCCAGUGCGCUGGUUCUCACGUACUGCUGCUGUUACUUUAUAAAGGGGUCCUUAUUGAAGGAGUCGACGUACAAAAGACAGUAAGAACGUGACUGUUCAUCAGAAGAAAAUCAUGGAAAAUGUGAAUCAAUUCAUCGACAUCCUGAUGGAAGACAUCAACUUCACCGAACAUGAUGACAAUGUGUCCCACAUGGAGGCACUGGUGUGUCCUCCCAGUUUCAACAUGGUGGCCGUGCUCUACGCUAUGUCCGUCCUGUACAUCUUCAUCUUCAUCAUUGGCCUGGCUGCCAACUCGGUGGUGGUGUGGGUGAACGUGCGGGCGGAGAGGAGCCGCUACGAGACGCACCUGUACAUCCUCAACCUGGCUGUCGCUGACCUGUGUGUGGUGGCCACUCUGCCCAUUUGGGUGAGCUCCCUGCUCCAGCAGGGCCACUGGCCUUUCGGUGAGGCCAUGUGCAAGAUCACACACCUGGUCUUCAGCGUCAACCUCUUCAGCAGCAUCUUCUUCCUCACCUGCAUGAGCGUGGACCGCUACCUCUCGGUGGCGCUGUUCAGUGACUCCCACAGCAGGCAGAAGAAGAUGGUGCGCAAGUUGAUCUGUGUGCUGGUGUGGCUGCUGGCUCUCGCAGCCUCGGUGCCAGACACCUACUUCCUGCAGGCUGUCAAGCCUGUGCAUUCAGAAAACACCUUUUGCCGGCCAGUGUACCCUGCAGAGAGUGCCCGGGAAUGGAUGGUGGGUAUUCAGUUCAGCUUUAUCGUGCUUGGCUUUGCCAUUCCGUUUCCUGUCAUCGCGAUCUUCUACCUGCUUUUGGCGGGGGCCAUCGCCUCCUCGCCGGACCAGGAGCGAUGUCUGAGCCGCAAACUCAUCCUGACCUACAUCGUGGUCUUCCUGGUAUGCUGGCUGCCCUACCACGGGGUGCUGCUGGUGGAUGCCUUGUCAAUGUUGGGUGUCAUGUCCUUCAGCUGCCCUCUUGAGAACUUCAUCUACGUAGCCCUGCAUACCACCCAAUGCCUCUCGCUCAUCCAUUGCUGUGUCAACCCUGUCAUCUACAACUUCAUCAACAAGAACUACCGCUAUGACCUCAUGAAGGCCUUCAUCUUCAAGUACUCUACCAAGACCGGCCUGGCCAAGCUGAUCGACACCUCCAGGGUUUCAGAAACUGAGUACUCUGCCGUGGACAACCAUGGCCAACUGUAGGACUGUGUGAGGCAACUCAAUAAAGAGACUAUUGGAGUUGGAGCUCAGUGACCCAACACUGCCCCGUGUGCAGUCGCUGAAGGGCCAUGUGUUAUAUACCAAUGAAGCACUAUAAAUUACCAAGACCAAUCCUUUAUAUCUUAUGGUAUAGAAGUGUACUGUACUGUGUAGGCAUAGUGACCAUAAGUGACCAUUGGCAGUUUUGGUCAAUAAGACAGGAAGUCUUAAGAAAGCACUUCCAAAACUUAAAGGACUUUGAGAUAUUUCUGAGGUUUUUUCACAUG